AAAAGGAUAUCAAUGGGACGAUGACAAAUGUAGUACGAAGAUGGGAUACGUAUGCUACGAUGAAUCUGCUGUGACCACACCUAUAUUUGACAACCAAUACCGCAUAUUCACUGAUAAAAAGAAGUACAGAGAAGCUGCCCAGGCUUGCAUGGAUCAGGGUAUGAUGCUAACUGACUUGAGAGAUGAGAAUGUUCAUUAUACUAUACUUGAAAAGAUGCAACAACAAGGUAUUACCAAUGAAAAUAUCUGGAUUGGCCCCAGAACUGUUGGCAGUCUGCUUUUAACAAUGAGUGGUUCCAUGGCUACAUAUCAACCAUUUGCUAAGGGUGAGCCCAAUGGUGAUGGACCAUGUGUACAUCUUUGGAAUAAUUACAACGGCGAGAAACUGAAUGACGUAUCGUGUAACAAUAAGUACAUGUAUAUUUGUGAAGAGCAAGAUGAUGCAAUGAAAAACAUGGUGGGACUACUUGAUAGCCUCGAUGUGAAUGAACAAAAAGUUAAAUGGGACGAAUCUGGUCCUGCAUGUGCCAACAAAGGUAUGCAAUUAGCCAAAGACAAUAGCCAAGUUGCUCACAUGAGUCUACUGAAUAAACUACUGCUUGAAGACGUCAAUAAGGACAUGUGGAUCGAUGUCCGCAAACAAGGUUCUGAUAUCAUUUCGAGUGACGGGCAAGUGCAGAGUUAUACAGCGUUUCAUACUGGUCAGCCAGACGGUAACGGAGAUUGCAUCCAGUUGUGGUCAUCUCACAAACACCAAUGGGACGAUGAUAGUUGUACCAGAACGAAGGGAUACAUAUGUGAAGAAGACAUUUAAUCUACGGAAAAGCCAACCUGCCCAGUACCAACCAAAGCAUAUCACCCUAUCGCGGGUAAAAUUAUGCAUUGCAUGAAUCAAUAUAAAGAAAUAAAUACAUUGUAUUAAUUGCAUAACAAGUGUAUACA